AUGGCUGAUGAAGAGACUGGUUUGUUGGAAGACCUCCUAAGUAGCUAUAACAUGCUCACAAGACCUGUAGAGAACAAAUCGGAUAUUGCAGAUGUUUUCAUCGACCUAGUUGUAGUUAAAAUCCCAGACAUUACCUGGAUUGAUUAUCGUCUGAGUUGGAAUGCAUCUAAUUACAGCGAUAUACAAUGGUUAUUAGUUCCAUCCGAGAAAGUUUGGUUUCCAGAAUUGUAUUUAGAGAACACAUUUAUUGAGGGUGAAUUGCCCUCCAAGCCUACAUAUGUACGCAUAGAGUCCAAUGGAACAGUGCUGUCACACAACCAUGCCGUGUUAGAAAGUCAUUGUUAUCUUGACAUGACGUAUUUCCCGUUUGAUUCCCAAAAAUGCAGUCUACGAUUCUUAUCAAGAAUAUACUACAAUACAGAACUCCGAAUACACGUAAAAGAAAACGUGUCAUUGGAUGAUUUCGUAUUGUUUCCAAACUACGAGUGGACAGUCCUGGAAGUGUUUACACGUGUUAACGCAGCAAAGACUUCCGUUUUUUCACCAGAUGAACAAUCAAUUGCUGUUUUUGAGAUACACCUGGAAAGGGUCUUUUUAUAUUACACAGUGAAUAUUAUCGUACCUACGUUCUUGUUGUCAGCCUUAUCGCUUUGUGUAUUCUGGCUACCCCCGGAUUGUGGCGAGAGAAUUAGUUUAAGCGUUUCACUUUUGGUAACAAUGAGUGUAUUUGAACUGUUGAUAGCUGAUAUAAUUCCUACAAAUAUUAAUAAAAUACCGCUUAUCAGUCAGGUGAUAUUGUUUGAUAUGGCAGUGAUUGGGACGACGAUCAUCAUUAGUACUAUUGUGAUUAAUAUGCAAAGAAAAAGUACCUCCGGGCGACCAGUUGGAAAAGUUUCCCGCAGACUGUGUCUGGGAAGAAGAUGUUGUAGUGGAACACGUGGCAGGUCUGACUCGACCGAUAACCACCAUGAACAUGUUGUUCUGGCAAACAUCGGCAACCAUGAGAUUGUGGUAGAAAAUGACAAUGACGCCCUAAGAGGGCAAAUAGAAGAGUAUAACAUUGAAAGAAAUCAAGAUGUGUCGGGUAAAAACAGGAUUAAGGACGAAAUAACGCAAGACAAAUAUAAAUGCCACCAAACUCAGAUGGAAGUUACAAAGAGCGAGUGGGAGGCACUUAUUAGAAAUGUUGACUGUACAUUUUUCUAUAUCUAUUUAUUCAUUUUCAUAGCUGUCAGCAUUGAAGUUGAAAGAAUGUGGCACUUAAAAACAAUGAUUGUAUCCGCGGUAGAUGGAGCACCUGGUCUAGUCAACAAAAACACCCUAAAACAUGUUGAUACAAUUUCUGGAAACCCAAGUCUGCAAGAGAUACAGAAAAUUGUUCUUAAUAGCACUGCACAUCUGCUGGUAAAAGCGUUAUCAAUUCAGACUUGUUUACGUGUUGUUGGUAAUGAUUUGAAUAAUAUACUGGCCUGUAGUCCUGAUUCUGAUGUUGAUGUGAGCACUAUGUCAUCUGCAUAUAAUAGGCUAGAUAUAGGCUGGUUGGUGAGUUCAGGGAUGUCAAUUGAGUUUUUAUCAAGUUCUGUUGAUAUGUCAUUGAUAAAGAUAUUGAAAAAUGUUGGGAUUAAUGGACAACCUUGUUUUACGUCAUUUUCUAUUUCAAAAGUUGGUGGUAAUCUUCCAUCCAGUUUAACUUGA